AUGGCUCAACAUGGUGCGCACCUCACAUCUGUUGAAGCAGACAGACCAACUAUAUUUGAAGUUUUGGCUCAAGAAAGUUUGAGUACAACUAUACGACCAGCUGCAAAGCAUGCUAUAAAGGUUUUAGCUGAGAAUAGACCUGAUAGAUUUGGAUGGAUGUUACAAUAUUUUGAUGAAGUUUACACAGUUUUAGAUUUUAUUGUUCAAAAUCAUUAUCUUAAUAAAUAUGGUGGUUCUUUUGCUGAAAAUUUUUAUGAUUUAAGAAGGAUUGUAUCAUCAACAAAAUCUCCAUUUCUUCCUAGAAAUUUAAAAUGGAAAUCUUUAAUAUGUUUGGUUAUAUUACCAUACUUAAAGUUAAAAGUGGACAAGUUAUUUGAAGAUAUUCGACAUAGAUCACAUUAUACUAUAAAAGAUGGUAUAACUAAAGCAUUCCUUGGUGUUUAUCCCUAUAUUAACAUGAUAUGGGAAGGAACUAACCUAUGGUAUCAACUAGCCUAUAUGUUUGGUAAAUCUAACUAUCAUAGUUGGUUGCUAAGGUACUCUGGUACAGAACUUUCUAGAAUUAGUGAAGAUGAUUUAUGGAUUCCUUCUCCUCAAACACCAGUUACUUCAUGGGCAGAUAAAAGCUUUCAGAAGAAGAUAAUUUCUAUCUGUAGUAAACUGUUUAAAUGGACUGCUGUUAGUCUAUCUACUGGUGUGUCUGUGGCUGUAUUUUUUCUCCAGUUUUUAGACUGGUGGUAUCAACGUGAAGACAAAGCUGUAUCAUUAACAUCUUUACCUAUUCCAGAUCCACCUCAGGAUGGUAAUGAAGAGUUAUCAGCUCCUGUUUGUCCAAUUUGUAAUCAAAAAAGACAAAAUGAAACAGCAUUAUCUGUUUCUGGACAUGUAUUUUGUUAUCGGUGUAUAUAUAGUUAUAUCAAUCAACAUGGAAGUUGUCCUGUAUCCAGUUAUCCAGCUACAUUAGAUCAUUUAAUUAAAUUGUAUCCACCUGAUACUUAG